GGUGUUUCUCUGCUAUGGAUCAGUGUGAGGACAGAGAGGAGGGAGUCCCUCCCUCUAAAAGCUCUCUGUGUGGGGAACAUGACAGCCAGACCAAAGCUCAGAGGAUGCAGCAGCAGAGAGCAGACUCUCCUGAACCCAGCUGUGUGUCCAUGAAGAGUGACCGGUCUAUGGAUCAUCCUCCUAUUAAGUUUAAAGAUGGACAACCUUUUGAUGGAAGAUUUCAUCAGCAGAGCUCAGAGGUUCCCAGUGAUCAGUCUGCACAGCAGCAUCAAACACAGCUGGACGCCAUAUUUAUGCUGCUGGAGGAGAACAUCGUCACUUUUGUGAAGAACGAGCUGAAGAGAGUCCAGAGGGGUCUGAGUCCAGAUGACCCAGGAUGCUUAGAGAGUCAGAGUGAUGAUGAGGAGGUGUUGGACGGUGAGGAGGAAGAGCAGAGGAGGAGCAGCAGAGAGGCAUUUCUGAAGAUCACAGUGCACUUCCUGAGGAGAAUGAAGCAGGAGGAGCUGGCUGAUCGUCUGCAAAGCAGAGCUCGUGCUGCAAAGUGUCGACUUAAACUCAAGUCUAACCUGCAGGAGAAGUUCCAGUGUGUGUUUGAGGGGAUCGCUAAAGCAGGAAACCCAACUCUUCUGAAUCAGAUCUACACACCGCUCUACAUCACAGAGGGAGGGACUGCAGAGGUCAAUGAUGAACAUGAGAUCAGACAGAUUGAAACAGCAUCCAGGAAACCAGACAGACCAGAAACAACAAUCAGACAAGAAGACAUCUUUAAAGUCUCACCUGGAAGAGAUGAACCAAUCAGAACAGUGAUGACAAAGGGAGUGGCUGGCAUUGGGAAAACAGUCUUAACACAGAAGUUCACUCUGGACUGGGCUGAAGACAAAGCCAACCAGGACAUACACUUCACAUUUCCAUUCACUUUCAGAGAGCUGAAUGUGCUGAAAGAGAAAAAGUACAGCUUGGUGGAACUUGUUCAUCACUUCUUUACUGAAACCAAAGAAGCAGGAAUCUGCAGGUUUGAAGAGUUCCCGGUUGUGUUCAUCUUUGACGGUCUGGAUGAGUGUCGACUUCCUCUGGACUUCCACAACACUGAGAUCCUGACUGAUGUUACAGAGUCCACCUCAGUGGAUGUGCUGCUGACAAACCUCAUCGGGGGGAAACUGCUUCCCUCUGCUCGCCUCUGGAUAACCACACGACCUGCAGCAGCCAAUCAGAUCCCUCCUGAGUGUGUCGACAUGAUGACAGAGGUCAGAGGGUUCACUGACCCACAGAAGGAGGAGUACUUCAGGAAGAGAUUCAGAGAUAAGAAGCAGGCCAGAGCCAUCAUCUCCCACAUCAAGACAUCACGAAGCCUCCACAUCAUGUGCCACAUCCCAGUCUUCUGCUGGAUCACUGCUACAGUUCUGGAGGAUGUGUUGAAAAGCAGACAGAGAGGAAAGCUGCCCAAGACCCUGACUGAGAUGUACAUCCACUUCCUGGUGGUUCAGACCAAACUGAAGAACAUCAAGUAUGAUGGAGGAGCUGAGACAGAUCCACACUGGAGUCCAGAGAGCAAUAAGAUGAUUGAGUCUCUGGGAAAACUGGCUUUCGAGCAGCUGCAGAAAGGCAACCUGAUCUUCUAUGAAUCAGACCUGACAGAGUGUGGUAUCGAUAUCAGAGCAGCCUCAGUGUACUCAGGAGUGUUCACACAGGUCUUUAAAGAGGAGAGAGGGCUGUACCAGGACAAGGUGUUUUGCUUUGUCCAUCUGAGUGUUCAGGAGUUUCUGGCCGCUCUUCAUGUCCAUCUGACAUUCAUCAACUCUCGAGUCAAUCUGCUGGAAGAAGGACAAACAUGCCAGACACCUCUUUACCAGAGAGCUGUGGACGAGGCCUUAAAGAGUCCAAAUGGACACCUGGACUUGUUCCUGCGCUUCCUCCUGGGUCUUUCACUGCAGACCAAUCAGACUCUCCUACGAGUUCUGCUGACACAGACAGGAAGUAACUCACAGACCAAUCAGAAAACAGUUGAGUACAUCAAGAAGAAGAUCAGUGAGAAUGUGUCUGCAGAGAGAAGCAUCAAUCUGUUCCACUGUCUGAAUGAACUGAAUGACCAUUCUCUAGUGGAGCAGAUCCAACGGUCCCUGAGAUCAGGAAUUCUCUCCAGAAAGAAAAUGUCUCCUGCUCAGUGGUCAGCUCUGGUCUUCAUCUUACUGUCAUCAAAAAAAUAUCUGGACGUGUUUGACUUGAAGAAAUACUCUGCCUCAGAGGAGGCUCUUCUGAGGCUGCUGCCAGUGGUCAACGCCUCCAACAAAGCUCUGUUGAAUGACUGUAACCUCUCAGAGAGAAGCUGUGCAGCUCUGUCCUCAGUUCUCAGCUCCCAGUCCUCUAGUCUGAGAGAUCUGGACCUGAGUAACAACAACCUGCAGGAUUCAGGAGUGAAGCAGCUUUCUGCUGGACUGGAGAGUCCACACUGUGGACUGGAAACUCUCAGGUUGACUGACUGUAACCUCUCAGAGAGAAGCUGUGCAGCUCUGUCCUCAGUUCUCAGCUCCCAGUCCUCUAGUCUGAGAGAUCUGGACCUGAAUAACAACAACCUGCAGGAUUCAGGAGUGAAGCAGCUUUCUGCUGGACUGGAGAGUCCACACUGUGGACUGGAAACUCUCAGUCUGUCAGGAUGUCUGAUCACAGAGGAAGGCUGUGCUUCUCUGGCCUCAGCUCUGAGCUCCAACCCCUCCCAUCUGAGAGAGCUGGACCUGAGAUACAAUCAUCCAGGAGACUCAGGAGAGAAGAUCCUGUCUGCUGGACUGAAGGAUCCACACUGGAGACUGGACACUCUCAGGAUGGACCAUGGUGGACUGCAGAGACUGAAACCUGGUCUGAGGAAGUAUGCCUGUGAACUGGAACUGGAUCCAAACACAAUGAACAGAAAACUCAAACUGUCUGAUAACAACAGGAAGGUGAGACGUGUGGAGAAGGAUCAGCCAUAUCCUGAUCAUCCAGAAAGAUUUGAUGACUAUCUUCAGCUGCUGUGUAGAAAUGAUCUGACUGGUCACUGUUACUGGGAGGUCGAGUGGAGAGGAACAGUUUUUAUAUCAGUGAGUUACAGAAGAAUCAGCAGGAAAGGAAACAGUUAUGACUGUUGGUUUGGAUGUAAUGAUCAGUCCUGGAGUCUGAGAUGCUCUGAUGAGGGUCGUUACUAUGUCUGGCACAAUAAGAGAGAAACACUCAUCUCCUCCUCCUCCUCCUCCUCCUCCUCCUCCUCCUCCUCCUCCUCUGUCUCUAACAGAAUAGCAGUGUAUGUGGACUAUCCUGCUGGCACUCUGUCCUUCUACAGAGUCUCCUCUGACACACUGAUCCACCUCCACACCUUCAACACCACAUUCACUGAACCUCUGUGUGCUGGGUUUGGGUUCUGGUGGCCUGGUUCCUCAGUCUCUCUGUGUCCUCUGUAGGAGGGAGAGUCUCUCUGUGUCCUCUGUAGGAGGGAGAGUCUCUCUGUGUCUCUGUAGGAGGGAGAGUCUCUCUGUGUCCUCUGUAGGAGGGAGAGUCUCUCUGUGUCCUCUGUAGGAGGGAGAGUCUCUCUGUGUCUCUGUAGGAGGGAGAGUCUCUCUGUGUCCUCUGUAGGAGGGAGAGUCUCUCUGUGUCUCUGUAGGAGGGAGAGUCUCUCUGUGUCCUCUGUAGGAGGGAGAGUCUCUCUGUGUCCUCUGUAGGAGGGAGAGUCUCUCAGACAGAAACUCUGCUGAGUGAAGAUCAGCUGUUGGAAUCAAACAUCACACACACUCUGCACUGUGAAGCAGAUCUGUCUCAGACUCAAACACUCAGUUAUUUUUCCUUCUACAUGAUUCAUUGAUUAGUGUCAGUUGACUCUGCUGUUGUUACUGUCAGGAUCCAAUGAGCAGCAUGCAGCUCUAUUCAUGUUUCAAUCCAAUAACAUCUCUCACUGUGUUUUUGUGCUUCUCACAUGUAUUUUAUCUCUGCAUCAUCAAUAAAAACUAUUGAUGGUAUUAUUGUUGAACGCAUCCUCACUUUACUGACACAAAAAGCAGUGUGUAGUCGGCUCACAUUUCAGAUGUCUAUGAGUUGUUAACAGCUCCG